AUGUUCUCUUUUUCUUGGAAAACUUCUUUGGGUAUUUUGAUAUUUGUUUUGAUAGAAGGGGACCUUCAAACUUUAACAGCACAAACCUAUUUGCCUUCAGAGAAGAUCCAGGAACCCAAGAUUUUGGUGUCACGAUUCAGGACGAGUUUACAGCCCUCAAUACCUCUGUCUACAGAAAAGAAGCCUCUCGACUACAGAAAAAACAAACGGCAGCUAUUGCUCCGCCAGAGGCGAAACACUCUAUUUCCCAAUGGAGUUAAAAUCUGCCCAGAUGAAAGUAUUGCACAGACUGUGGCAAAUCAUUUGAAAUAUUUUAAAAUCCGUGUGUGUCAGGAAGCUGUCUGGGAAGUCUUCAAGACCUUUUGGGAUCGGCUGCCACGUCAUGAGGAGUAUCGGCACUGGAUGAGUCUCUGUGAAGAUGGAACUAUGAGUAUAUUUGAAAUGGGCACAAAUUUUAGUCAGUCUGAAGAACACCAGAGCCUAAUUAUCAAGAAACUGGCUUACACAAAGGAAACAGCAAAUAGCUCCUGCAGUGACUGGUCCUGUAGCACGGAAUCACCAACUCCUGUUACCCCUUAUGAUACUUCAACAUCAAGAGAUGCUGCCAUCAGUGCAUCAUCCCCUAGGGUGGUUUCCUCUCAAGGUUCCUCAGACAGCGUCUCAGAAACACCGGAUGACAGUAUUAACAAUGAGAUAGAAACUUUGAGAGAAAAACCUACAAAGCCAGCGACUGAACAGGUUGCAGAAUUCAUUAUGCACCUUUCAGGAAAGCAGUACAGCGAAGAGCUACAGGACCCCUCCAGCCUGCGUUAUCAAGAUCUCAUGCAGCAAUUUAUUUCAGAGGUUCAAAAAGCAUUUGAUGGACUACCUGGCUACAAGGACAUCCAUGUGCUUGAAUUUAGGUUGCCUCAGGAAAAUGUCAGUGGCAUCGAUGUUCGCUAUGCUGUCACCUUUGACAGUGAAGCUAUCAGCAACAUUACCUGGGAAAUGAUUAACCUUCAUUCGAACAAAGUAGAAAACCAUGGCCUUGUGGAACGUGAGGAUAAGCCCACUGCAGCUUAUACAAUUAACCACUUCAGAGACUACAUCGCUGAAAGCCUCACCAGGAAUUUCUUACUGGGAAACUCUUCCCUGAAGCCAGAUCCUGACUCCCUUCAGGUUAUCAAUGUGAAAGAUGCUUUCUUUCUCCAACCUGAAGACCCGCUUUGGAAUGUUGAAAACCCAAGCCUUCUGGUGUCUCCACCCCUGAUUCUCGAUAAUACCCUUCAAGCUGAAUGGCCCUCAGCAGAUGAAUCAACUGCCAGGAGUAGUUCACCACUUGAUUUCACCAAACCAGGUUUCAUCUCUGGGGCUCUUUCAUCCACUGGCAGUGAGCUCUGGUCAAAAUCAGAGAGCCCUCCAGCAGAUUUAGUGUCUCCAUCAAAAUUACCCCUUCCCUCGAAGGUGGGCUCCACUUCUCCCCCAGAUGUUUUAGAGGGUAGCAGCCUCACUCUUCAUUCUGUCACCCCAGCAGUGCCUCAGACUGGCUUGCCUGUGGCUCCUAAGGAAUGGACUUCUGGACCUGCUUUAUUAGAGGAUGGAUUAACGAGUGUGGAAGAGCCAGAAGGUUUUUCUUCUUUCGAUCUACUGACUUCAAAUCCACCUUUUCCUCUCAUGCCAAUGCCAUCCAUAGAUGACUCUGAGCUGCCUUUGACUUCUUUAUCAACUUUGACCUCUCCAGCCACAUUGGAUUCUCUUGCCAUAGAAAUUGCUCCCCCUUUUGGCUUGGAUCCGUUGGCUUCCCCAGACAAGGAUCAAUUAGAAGUGAGCAUUUUUCAACCAGAAAUAUACCCUGAAAGUGGACCCUUAUUUGAAGAUCAAUCAGGUUCAGGAUCUGGGCAAGAGCUGCCUACUCAGCCGUGGAGCAAGCCUUUAUUGCAUCAUGGCAUUGAACUUCCACCUGAAUCUUGGCUUGAAUUUGAGGAAUCACUUUUGCCAGUUGAAAGCAAAGAGGAGGACCUAGAAAGAGCCAUAACUGAUCAAGCAGGGGGGCUUUUUGAUGAGUUUGAAGCUGCCCUUAAGGCUAAUGGUUCCAUCUUUGGAGUUAUGACAACUCAAUCUGUUCCUGCGUAUUCCUUGGCGCACACAUCAGAGGCAACCUCGACUGAUCAUUAUUUUGUACCCAAACCACCCUUCCUAUCAGAAUCUACAAUAGCCUCUGCUUCUACUGAUAGGCUAGAAAAAAUAGAAUCCUCCAAAGAACAGAAGCCAAGUGAAAUUUUAGAGUCAUCUAACACAGAACUAUCUGAUAUAGACAUUUCAACAGGAAAGUCAGGCAUGGGACCUUUGUGGACUAGGCUAUCUGAGCUAGAUGUAAUUCAGCCAACAACUUCCUCCCUUGGGAGACCAGCCAAAGACACAAUGGCAAGUUCAGAAAGUAAUAUUGUCACCCUCCUGUCUAGAGCCUCCAUUUCUGACUCCACCAAGUUGUCUCCGACCCUCAGCUCCAUCAACCUGGAGGAUGAUGUUAUCAUGGAUGUACAGGACAUUUCAUUAGAACUGGACCAAGUGGGCACAGGAUACCACCAGCCUGCGCUCAACCAAGAAGACAGUAGCAUUGUUGGUAGCCACGUGGAAAUAUCUACUAAUAUGCUCUCCACUGAGAGAGCUGAUGUAGUUUGGCCCACACAGAGAGCCUAUCCAAAUUACUCCCAGACAACAGGCCCUCUGGUUGUCUUCUUUAGCCUUCGGGUGACGAACAUGCUGUUUUCAGAGGACCUGUUUAACAAAAACUCUCCUGAAUAUAAAGCACUGGAACAAAGAUUCUUAGAACUGCUAGUUCCCUAUCUUCAAUCAAAUCUCACUGGAUUCCAGAAUCUGGAAAUCCUGAACUUCAGAAACGGCAGCAUCGUGGUGAACAGCCGGGUGAAGUUUGCUAAACCUGUACCUCACAAUGUCAAUAAUGCUGUGUAUACAAUUCUGGAAGACUUCUGCAACACUGCCUACCAAACCAUGAACCUGGCCAUUGAUAAAUAUUCCCUGGAUGUAGAAUCAGGUGAUCAAGCCGACCCUUGCAAGUUCCAAGCCUGCAAUGAGUUUUCUGAGUGUGUGGUCAACCGCUGGAGUGGAGAAGCAGAAUGCAUAUGUUACCCUGGUUACCAGAGUCUCCAAGGACUGCCCUGUCAGAGUGUCUGUGAGCUACAAUCAGAUUUCUGCCUGAAUGAUGGAAAGUGUGACAUUAUCCCUGGGCAUGGGGCCAUUUGUAGAUGCCGUGUAGGUGAGAACUGGUGGUAUCGAGGGGAGCACUGUGAAGAGUACAUGUCGGAACCCCAGGUGAUAGGAAUUGCUGUUGCCUCAGCGAUUGGCUUUCUUCUUGUAGUCUUGGCUGUCCUCUUUUUUCUGGCUAGGACUCUGAGAGACCAGUAUGUGAGGAGAGAAAGAAAGGGUUCUCUCAGGAGGAGAGACAGUCCUCCAUCCCUCGAGAGUGCUGUGAAGUACAACCCCGUGUUUGAGGGUGAUAUCACUGGAGAUGAGCAGUAUGGGAGAAGCUACCCUCAGCUUACUUCCUACAGCUCUGCUGGUGGAGAGGUGCCUGCUGCCUUCAGCAGUGAAGAAAUCAGGCACAUCUAUGAAGACAGUGAUCUUACCAGUGAGGAGAUUCAAGAGAGAGCCAGGAUUUUUGAACUUUAUGCCAAAGACCAACAAUUUGCAGAAUUUGUGAGACAACAUCAAAUGAAGCUGUUGUAACAAAAACGUCAAUUUUGAAAGACACUGGAAGAACAAGAUUGCUUGCUACCGUUUUAAUGUGAUGUGGCUGUAACAGUUACCUGUGUCUGGAUUGUAGUCCGAGGACAAAAAAAGAAGCAUUCCUUAAGCAUGGUGGAAUUGGGGGAAUGUCUCCAUCCAGUCCAAUUUUUUUCCACCAGUUUAGCUUUCAAGCAGAGAGCUUUACAAGUAUCGAUGUGAUUUAAAAAAAAUCAAAUUGUAAAAUAUAUUGUACGUAGGGUAUAGGACAUGAAUGAUCGGUGGGCUUUAGGAGUUAAAAUCACUAUUUACAAUUGUUCCUAGUCCUUCCAUUGACCUUCUCUUUGAGCACAUCACUUGAAUCUCUGUGCCUCAGUUUUCCAAACUGGAAUAUAGGGUGAGAGUACUACAUACAGAUGUUGUGAAACCUAAUAGCUAUUCAUAUCUUGAAAGCUAGGCGAAAAGGGGAAAGAUUGUAACAGAUUGCUCAUUUUAAGUACCUUUUUUUUUUGAAAAUUAAUUCAUGGAAGUUGUAGUAGGAGUAACAGCUAUUAACCUAGUUGGGACCUAUAAAAGUAAGACUGUACGGAAUGAAACUGUCCUGGAAACUUAAUUGGUUGAGGGCACUAUUUGCAACCACUGAUGGACUUUCUGGUUGCCUAAGGUAUAAAUGUCUGGCACAUGAGUAGUUGGCGCUCCUCAGAAUUGAGGGACUUCCCACAAGUCAACAGACCUUCUGACUGGAUACAUCAGGUAGCAAAUGAUGAAAGAGGGAGCUGAGCCCAACUAAACCAGUGCUGUAUCUUAGCUGCGUAUCCUUUCCAUCUUAUUGUUGAAGUGAACUUCCCUUUAAAAAACUGUUAUAUGCUCUAAGAGUAUCUCAUCUAAUUCCAGUCCUAAGCACCAAACAUCAGACUGUCCUGAGUCAGACCUGGAUCAGAACAAAAGCUGAGUUUUAAUAUUAUUUGAACAUGGUAAUACAGACUCUUUUCUAAUUAAAAACAAACAAACAAAAAUAUCUUUUGAUACAGUGUGGUGAGGUAUGCUAUAAUGUUCUCACUAGCAGGACUUAGUUUCUAGAUGCAGCACUCAUUAUAUCUGUAUUGUUGUUAAUAGUUCUGAAAAAAUCAAUGUCAAAGAUAGAAUGUAAGUUCCUUGAGGGCAUGGAUUGUCUUUGUAUUUUCAGCACCUAGUAUUGUGCUUGCCAUGUAGCAGGUCUUAAUAAAUGCUUAUUGAAUUGAGUUGAGUUGAAUGAUGCAUAUACCGCAGUGUCAGAUUUUUGGUAUUUUUUUUAAAAAGUUACCUAGAACAUGUAUCAAAUUAGAAAAUUCCUCAUAGGGAGAAAGGUAAGUUUAACCAUUCUGGGGUUGGGGACCUCAAGGCCACAGAACUAAGCAUAGUCUUAGCCAGUUGACUGGUGGGUGUGAGUCUGAACUUGGAAAAGCCUUGAUUUUCCUACUGACAGGCUCUGGAAUGUUGGAAAAUCACAAUGCCUCUGGUUCUUGGUACCUCAAUUUGGAAAGCGCCAUUUGGCUACCCGACAGUGUGUUCUU